AUUCUGGUGAAUCCUCUAAUCUAAAGAGACCUCAGGGCAAAAAUUCUCAAUUCAACAAAAAUAUUAAUAAAACAGAUAUGGAAUCUAUAAAAGACCAAUUACCUGUUACUAGUACUAUGGACUGGAAAAAAUCAUGCAUUUAA